ACCCCUGUCACUGUUUGUGUGUGUGUGUGACUGUACGUGUAUGUGUGUGUGUAUAUACAUCUGCCGCGAAAAUGUUUCCACCAUCGCCGGGUUUGGACGCUUCUCCUCCGCGGACAGUCGCGUUUUUCUCGGACUCUGCCGGACGCUAGCCUCGGUGUCUCUCCCGCCGCGGAGCCGCUCGCUGCCGGAGGAGCCACGGUGAGGUGUGGCUUACACGUGAGGGUUUGUUAGUGCCAGGAAGAACGGCUCCCUUCACGUGCAAGGAGUCCUCUGAGGAAGUUUAGUUCACCACUAUGUCUCUCCUAUGGUCCGACCCCCCCUCUUGACCCCGAUGACCUUAACGCUGGUCUUGACUUUGGAGACAGCUUUGACCCCAAACCCUUUUUAUGACCCCUGAGAAAAGACGUUAACUGGUCACGUGCAUAAGCUGCAGUGGGGUGAUCUUCCAAAUGCCUACCUCACGCUUAAAGAGCAAUUCACUCCAACCACAGCCCUGAUCAGCAGCCACAAUGACAUCAAGCGUAGGGGAUGAUUGUAGCAUCUUUGAUGGGUUGAUGGAAGAAGAUGAAAAAGACAAAGCAAAACGCGUGUCCCGAAACAAGUCGGAGAAGAAGCGGAGAGACCAGUUCAAUGUCCUCAUCAAGGAACUCGGCACGAUGUUGCCGGGCAACACCAGGAAGAUGGACAAGUCCACCAUCCUGCAGAAAAGCAUCGACUUCCUGUGUAAACACAAAGAGAUGGCAGCUCAGUCGGAGUCGAGUGAGAUCAGGCAGGACUGGAAGCCUCCAUUUCUCAGCAAUGAAGAGUUCACACAGCUCAUGCUGGAGGCUCUGGAUGGGUUCUUUAUAGCAAUGAUGACUGAUGGAAAUAUCCUCUACGUCUCUGAGAGUGUCACUUCCCUACUAGAACACCUACCGGCGGACUUGGUGGACCAGAACCUGUUAAACUUCCUGCCAGUUGGUGAACACUCCGAUGUGUACAAGGCUCUGUCCACGCACCCCGGCGACCCCUCCGAGAGCGUUAACCCCGAUUACCUGAAGACUAAGAAUCAAAUGGAGUUCUGCUGCCAUAUGCUACGUGGGGCCAUUGACCCCAAAGAACCCCCCAUCUAUGAAUACGUUAAGUUCAUCGGAAACUUCAAGUCACUCAACAACAUUCCCAACGUGAAGAGGAACGGUCUGGCAGGAGUCUUACAGCGGUCGCUAAAACCUGCUUUUGAUGACCAGGUGUGCUUUGUAGCCACUGUUCGACUGGCCAAACCACAGUUUAUUAAGGAGAUGUGUACAGUGGAGGAGCCCAAUGAAGAGUUUACGUCUAGGCACAGUUUAGAAUGGAAGUUCCUCUUUUUAGACCACAGAGCUCCCCCAAUCAUAGGUUACCUUCCUUUCGAGGUUCUGGGAACAUCAGGGUAUGACUAUUACCAUGUGGAUGACCUGGAGACGCUAGCAAAGUGUCACGAACACUUGAUGCAGUACGGUAAAGGGAAGUCUUGCUACUACCGUUUCCUGACUAAAGGUCAACAGUGGAUCUGGCUGCAGACACAUUACUACAUCACCUAUCACCAGUGGAACUCUAGACCUGAGUUUAUUGUCUGCACACACACAGUAGUCAGCUACGCAGAAGUGCGAGCAGAACAGCGCAGGGAACUUGGUAUUGAGGAGACGAACACAGAUGUCACUAUGGAUAAGAGUCAAGACUCUGGCUCAGAGUCACAGGUGAAUACAUCAAGCCUCAAGAAGGCUCUGGAGCGAUUUGACCGCAGCCCAUCACCCUCAAGCUCCUCGCAGAGUUCCCAUAAGUCCUCGACGCAUGUCUCAGACAACACUUGCACUUCCUCCAAGCUACACAUGGACACCGCCACACCUCCUCGGCAGUCAAUAGCCUCCACCAUGGAGAUGACUUCACAGCGUCGCUCUUCCAUCAGCAGCCAGUCAAUGAGCUCUCAGACCACAAGCCAGAGUGUGACUCCAAGCAUGAUUACUCAACAACAACAACAGCAGCAGCAGCAGCAACAACAACAACAACGGCAACAGCUACAACAACAGCAACAACAACAGCAGCAACAACAACAGCAACCACAGCAGCUACAGACAAACGUACAGCCGGUGAUUGAGUUCACGGCACAGGUGAACGCCAUGCAGCACCUAAAGGACCAGCUGGAGCAGAGGACCAGAUUGAUCCAGUCCAACAUCCAGAGGCAGCAAGAGGAACUCCGACACAUUCAAGAUCAGCUGCAGAGAGUCCAGGGACAGGGCAUUCAGAUGUUGCUGCAGCAGCAGGGUGGAGCGAUGAACGUGCAGCUCCCUCAGGUGGGGACGGUCCAACAAACAACUUCUUUGACCAAUCAGGUCCAUCAAACGAUGAUUAACCCCAUCCAAUCGGGAACUCAGCAGCUCACCAUCCAGCAGCAGGCGCCUGCCCCCCAGCAAAGCUUACAGCAGCCGAUCCUCACACAGCCCCAACGUCAGCCCCAGCAACCUGCCCUGCCUCAGCCCCAGACCCAGGGCUCUGUAUCUGCCCCACUGUACAACACCAUGAUGAUUUCCCAGCCCGGGCAGCCCAACGUGCUGCAGAUCAGCACCAACCUGCCGCAGAACAACACACCACAGGGCACAACCGUGGCCACCUUCACACAGGACCGACAGAUACGGUUCCCAGCAGCGCAACAGCUGGUGACCAAGCUGGUGACGGCACCAAUGGCAUGUGGGGCAGUCAUGGUGCCCACAUCCAUGUUCAUGGGACAGGUGGUCACCGCAUACAACCCCUUUGGUGGGCAACAGCAGGCAGGCCAGACCCAGACCCUUACUCUGCAACCGGCCCAACCGACUCAAGGUCAGCCUGAUGGCCAAAACCAAACAGCUAUGGUGGCUCAGAGCGGCCAGCAGGGACAGCAACAACAACAGCAAUUUCUACAGGGCACUCGUCUUCUUCAUAGUAACCAGUCUACCCAGCUGAUUCUGCAGGCAGCUUUCCCACUCCAACAACAGGGCACAUUCACCCAGGCGACACACCAACAGCAAACACAGCAGCAACAACAACAACAGCAGCAACAACAACAACAGCAGCAACAGCAGCAACAACAGCAGCAACAGCAGCAGCAAAGGCAACAACAGCAGCAACAAUCUCACCACCAGAGGCACCAGCAGCAGCUAAAACCACAGCCCCAGAAACAGCAGAAAGCUCCAUCGUCGCACAGAACUGACAGCGUCAGCAGCCAACCCCAGUAAAGUCUGGAGGAAACAGUUCAAACCUGGGGAAGUGAAACUGUUGAGAGAUUUGCUGCCCACAUUUGCUCUUGUCGUGUGGCUGCUGCAAACUUCCUUUUCCCCUAAAACCGUCACCCUCCCUUCCUCCGACCGAAAGAAACAAAUCAUAGGAAAGAGGAACGAGUCCACCAGGAACUCACUGAGGAUUGUCACCAUGGCAACAAGACGGAUUAAAUCCCCUUUUCCCUCACUUCAGGCGGUGCAGUGAGGGAACUCAAUUCUCAGUGGAAACCCCACAAAAAUUCUGAGAAUACCUUAUCACCACGGUAACGACAGACUUUUAAAAUGUGUUUCAAAGUGUACAGAUUUACUGUAUGAUAAAAAAAGAAAACAUGUAAAUAUCAAGUAUAGCCUAACAGGAAACAGAAAUGUAGUAUUUUAUAUGAUUGCAUGGAAAGAAUAACUGUAAGCUUUUAUUAGUCGCUUUUGAAAAUUGAAUUUUUACUUUGUUCUGGUCAAAUACGGAGCAACGAUGUGCUCUUCAAGAACCUCUGCUCUUCCCCCCACGUCUCUUAAGAAAACAAAAGCAAAAAAAAGGCCAGAUUAUGGCUUUAAAGUUCUGUCAGUUUGUUUGAAAAAUGGUUGGGCUUGGGGUUUUUUGUGAAAGUUUGUUAAACUGUCUCUGAGACAAUAUGGCUCUUUUUAAACUUUGUAAUCACACAUUAUAUUUGGCAAGAAACAAGAUUACAGUUGAACUGAAUUAUUUGCGGUAAGAUCACUGUACGUAUAACGGGUUUAGUGAUUCCAAGUGCCAAUAACAUAGUCGAUUUAUGUUUUAGUUUUUUUUCUCGAGCAGACUAUUCAAAGGCGUAUAUAUUUUUCAGCAAAAUAUUACCCCUAAUAGAUUUAAUGCGUGUGUAUAUAGUAGGGAUUAUUUUUUAACAGAGAGCCCUAUACAUAACAAACAGUAUAUCCUCAACCUCCUGAAACUUUAGCACUUGAUGUGGCUGUGUACAGUAAAUCACUGUCCAGACCUAGUUGUUUGUAAUCUGUGGUGUGAUUCUGUGAGAUAAUGUGCGUUUUUUUGGGAAUACAAUCUUUGUGUGGGUGUGUGUGCAUGAGAAUGUGUGUGGUUGGUUGUGUGUGUCUGUCGCCCCUCGUGUCUUACAAUAAAUGACUUAGUAAUGGUUUUGAAGUUGCUGGAUGGUACUUGUAUUCUCAGGAAUGUGGAAAGUUUUGCUUCUGCCUCAGUCUGGAACCAGAACAGGAAGGAUUAGACAGUGAUGCUGCAAAGACCAGAGGAAGAAGUGUCCGCGACGGGCGUGGUUAUCUAAUCCGAACCAGAUUUCCUAGAGCCAUCAUAGUUUCGUUAUUAAGUAGAAGUGCAGGUUGAAUUCUCCAAAGAGUGGAGUGGAAGAAUAUAUAUAUAUAAAUAUAUAUAUACAGUUUUUAUUGUUGAGAUAAAAUAGAGAAAAAAUGUAAAGGAACAGUAUUUUUUUUUUCCAGCGGACUUUGUUGCACCAGCGAACCUCUCUCGGUCUUCUGUAUUAUCAGUGUUGUAUCCUCUGUCUCUCUUCCUAGGCCUCAGAAACCCUCAUGCAGUUCAGUUCGCUCAUGUCACAGUUCUCAACAGCAGUUAAAAAAGCAGGAAUGAACCUAGGUCCGUUUGGAAUGAAACGGAAGUGGGCUUAUCCCCUGCACUACAGUCGUAAAGCCAUAUCAAACAGAAAAGCCUUGGAUUGGAGGAAGUGAAGUGGUCGGUAAUGGAGCAUUUAGAAUGUGUUGUUUUGUCUCCCAGUGUAGUUAAAACUGCGUGUGUGCCUGUGAGUGUGUGUUUGUAUGAAUAUAGUGUGUCCUCUUCUUGAUCUUUCUUCUUGUAUCACUCGGGGGUCAGCAUUGGUUUCCCCUGGAGAUAGCCAAUCAGUUCUUGCGUUGCAGUAUAAAGAAAUAAUUGUAAUAUUCAAGAAACUUCCUCUCCGGUUGGGUUCAGUGUUCUGAAAGCCCAUGAGUGGGACAGCUCAGCUUGAAUACAUGUGUGUGUGUGUAUGUGUGGGAGUGUAUGGGAGAGAAUGAGUGUGCGUGUGCAUGUUAAUUGUCACUGUAACCCAGUAUAUUUUCAUAUGGAAAUGUGUGUGUGUGUGUUUCUGUGAUUGGAAAAGGAUGCAUGUGAGGUAAUGCAGAGCAUUGGUCACCUGUCGGGCUAAGACAGGCAGCGUUAUUGUUUUACAUUGACAGUCUGCUCGACAAGAACUUAUCACAAUAACUACACAUCAGACCAGUCUGGAGCAGUGACCCUAAGAAUAGUAACGUUUAAAAAUAUAUGUGUGACAUACAGGGUCAAAUCCUCCUCCUGUUUUUCCACAACAAAUAGAUUUCUAACUGAGGGUCGUACUAUUCAAACCAGGUCUUCCACUCAUCACAUAGCAUAUAUAUAUAUAUAGAUCCUCUAUAGACUAGUUUGUGUUGAAAGCAUCACUCUGAAGGGUCAUGUUGAAACCUUUAUAGUUUGUGUCACUGAUACCCAGCCCAAAGAAUGUAAAGGUGUGUUAAAGAGACUCAUGGAUGUUGUAACUGUUGAUUUAUGGAGAACCCAUGACAGGCUUUGUGAUGAAGGAAAACAAGGGGUGUGGAAAAAACAAAUCUCUAACGGCAAGAAUCCACACUGAACCACAAUCUUAUUUACAAGCUUUGCAUUGUAAAGGAACGCCUGAAUGUUUCACCAAUACCAACUUUGUGUUUCUGUCUUUUCUCAAGAAUAAUGUUUUGACAACAUCUGGUUGGGAUGAAAAAAUAAAUAAAAGAGUUUGAGGUGUAGGAUAUUGGAAAAUGGGACGACACUGACAAGGAAGCGAGACCCCGCCCCUCCACACAGGUCACUUUUCCCACGACACAAAUUUGGUUCUAAAGAGUUCUAGUUCUAGUAUAAUUCUGUACACAUACACAAAGCUACGUACACCGGUAUUCAGUGUAAAACGGUGCUAUGCUCACCUGUACUGUAUGUAUAUCCCUCAUUCUGCUCUUGAACUGUGAUCCUUUAUAUACCCCAAAGUCCAAUGUAAUAAUCAAUAUUUUGAAGCAAAAAUGUUUGCUAUUAUUAUAAUCCCCCCCCCUCCCCUCUUGGUCAUUUUGAAAAUAAAAACAGUUGCAAAUAUUAUACCUGA